AUGGGUUACCCAACCAACGCUGAAAUCAAGACUCUCUUGGAGGCUCAAUUCCACUCCAAGCUCCAAAAGUCCGAUCUCAAUGACGACUCUGAGAGUCUCUUCCAGUUCGGACAUUUGGACGAACUCUUCUCUGAUGAUGUCGAAGUCCAUAUCUCCGGUCACGAAUUUCACUUGAACGGAAAGCACCGCGGCCUCGAUGCCUUCAAGCAACACCUUGAGUCCGAUGACAUGCCAUCCUUGAACUCCAUCAUCGAUGUCAGCAAGCCAAUUAAGGGCAGCGUUUUGCAUGUCAUUGGAGGCGAGCGCGACGAAUGGAAGGCUGCCGUCCUCCACAGUGUUGCAACCACCCAGAACAACACCCCAUGGAACCACGAGAUGGCCGUUCUCAUGCGCUUCAACCACGACGGAAAGAUCACUGAAUUGAGGGCUUAUGCGGAUACCCAGCACGUCCACCAGCACAUCGAGGCCCAUAAGUAA